UAUCCAAGGGAGAGAGGGGAUACUUCACUAAAUGAACUGAUAGAUAAACCCUCAUACUCUCUCUACACACACCUUCACUACAUAUCCUGAUAACGUUUACUUCAAGAGUCCGUCUGGAGCGACAGUUUACAUUUGCACCCGGAAAUUCAAGUCCAGAGAAUGGCAGAGAAGGUGCUGGUCACAGGUGGAGGAGGCUACAUUGGGAGUCACUGUGUGUUGGAGCUGAUUGAAGCAGGCUACAAGCCAGUUGUAGUAGAUGACUUCAGCAAUGCUGUCCGAGGAGAAGGGGAUGUUCCAGAGAGCAUCCGUAGGAUAGAGAAGCUUCUGAACACCAGCAUUGAGUUUCAGGAGCUAGACCUUCUGGAUCGACCUGGCUUGGAAAAACUUUUCAAAAAGCAUAAUUUCAGUGCCGUGAUGCACUUCGCUGGUCUGAAGGCUGUUGGAGAGUCGGUGGAGCAGCCGUUACGCUACUACAGGGUCAACCUCACUGCCUCCAUGAAUCUGCUUGAGGUCAUGCAGGCUCACAGGGUGCGCAAUCUGGUCUUCAGCAGUUCAGCCACAGUGUAUGGAGACCCCCAACGUUUGCCCAUAGAUGAGCAGCACCCCGUGGGUGGCUGCACCAACCCCUAUGGCAAGACCAAGUACUUCAUUGAGGAGAUGAUCAAAGACCACUGUAAAGCGGAGAAGGAAUGGAAUUCUGUGCUGCUGCGGUAUUUCAACCCAAUCGGAGCUCAUGCCUCUGGCCUCAUAGGAGAGGACCCUCAGGGUAUUCCUAACAACCUGCUGCCAUAUAUUGCCCAGGUUGCCAUCGGGAGAAGACAGUGCCUCAAUGUAUUUGGGAAUGACUACGACACACUGGAUGGGACAGGUGUGCGAGAUUAUAUCCACGUUGUAGAUCUGGCAAAGGGACACAUAGCAGCUCUGAAGAAGCUGAAGGACAAUUGUGGCUGCAAGGUUUACAACCUAGGAACUGGAAGAGGCUACUCUGUGCUCCAGAUGGUAAAAGCCAUGGAGAAAGCAUCCGGGAGAGAGAUCUCAUACAAGAUUGCCCCCCGUAGGGGAGGAGAUAUUGCAUCCUGCUACGCUGACCCUCGCCUGGCUGAGACAGAGUUGAACUGGAAGGCUGAAUUUGACCUAGAAAGAAUGUGUGAGGAUCUGUGGCGCUGGCAGUCGAACAACCCCACUGGAUUUUCCAACGGCACAGCUUCCUGAUGCCUCUCCAGCCUGCUGCUGUUGUUGUUGUUGUUGUUGUUGUUAAAUCCUCCUCUAAAUCACCGGGCCAAAGCAAACCAUCUGUUUCCUAAUUUUUGCAUAUCAUGUACACACAUGACGAGACCUCAAAAGGAACUGAAUGCUUUAUUCUUAUUUUCCAUGUUUCAUUUUCUGUUUGUUCUGUUUAAUUAACUCUAACAAACACAUUUCUGCUUGUUAGAUGAAAUAUGUAAAAAUGUCUUAUCUCUGUCUCUUUUCUUUCCAGAUUUGACAAUGAAUAUUUUCUCUAUUAAUGUAUUGAUCUGUGAGCCAUACCAAUGAAAGAAUAAAUUAAUUUU